UGCGCGUCGGGCUCCCAUGGGGUCCACGCAUUUCCUACUCGGCCCCAGCAAACAGACGUAAAGCUAUUUCUUCAGUGCUCGCUCUCGUGCGCGCGCCCGGACGGCGCCUGCGCAGAGGGCGAGGAACCCAGUACCCCGGUGCGGUCCCGGCGCCUGCGUGCUGCGGGCUUUGGGGCCUCCUGGCCCGAGGGAGAGGAGCAGGGAAGAUGGCGGCUGUGGUGGAGAAUGUAGUGAAGCUCCUUGGGGAGCAGUACUACAAAGAUGCCAUGGAGCAGUGCCACAAUUACAAUGCUCGCCUCUGUGCUGAGCGCAGCGUGCGCCUGCCUUUCUUGGACUCACAGACUGGAGUAGCCCAGAGCAAUUGUUACAUCUGGAUGGAAAAGCGACACCGGGGUCCAGGAUUGGCCUCUGGACAGCUGUACUCCUACCCUGCCCGGCGCUGGCGGAAAAAGCGGCGAGCCCAUCCCCCUGAAGAUCCACGACUUUCCUUCCCAUCUAUUAAGCCAGACACAGACCAGACCCUGAAGAAGGAGGGGCUGAUCUCUCAGGAUGGCAGUAGUUUAGAGGCUCUGUUGCGCACUGACCCCCUGGAGAAGCGAGGUGCCCCAGAUCCCCGAGUUGAUGAUGACAGCCUCGGCGAGUUUCCUGUGACCAACAGUCGAGCACGAAAGCGGAUCCUAGAACCAGAUGACUUCCUGGAUGACCUCGAUGAUGAAGACUAUGAAGAAGAUACUCCCAAGCGUCGGGGAAAGGGGAAAUCCAAGGGUAAGGGUGUGGGCAGUGCCCGUAAGAAGCUGGAUGCUUCCAUCCUGGAGGACCGGGAUAAGCCCUAUGCCUGUGACAUUUGUGGAAAACGUUACAAGAACCGACCAGGCCUCAGUUACCACUAUGCCCACUCCCACUUGGCUGAGGAGGAGGGCGAGGACAAGGAAGACUCCCAACCACCCACUCCUGUUUCCCAGAGGUCUGAGGAGCAGAAAUCCAAAAAGGGUCCUGAUGGAUUGGCCUUGCCCAACAACUACUGUGACUUCUGCCUGGGGGACUCAAAGAUUAACAAGAAGACGGGACAACCCGAGGAGCUGGUUUCCUGUUCUGACUGUGGCCGCUCAGGGCAUCCAUCUUGCCUCCAGUUUACCCCCGUGAUGAUGGCGGCAGUGAAGACAUACCGCUGGCAGUGCAUCGAGUGCAAAUGUUGCAACAUCUGCGGCACCUCCGAGAAUGACGACCAGCUGCUCUUCUGUGAUGACUGCGAUCGUGGCUACCACAUGUACUGUCUCACCCCGUCCAUGUCUGAGCCCCCUGAAGGAAGUUGGAGCUGCCACCUGUGUCUGGACCUGUUGAAAGAGAAAGCCUCCAUCUACCAGAACCAGAACUCCUCUUGAUGUGGCCACCCCCCUGCUCCCCGACAUAUCUAAGGCUGUUUCUCUCCUCCACUUCAUAUUUCAUACCCAUCUUUCCCUUCUUCCUCCUCUCCUUCACAAGUCCAGAGAACCUUGGGGUGGUUGUGCCAGCCUGCCUUUGGCAGCUGCAAGCUGAGGUGGCAGCUCUGACCACCUCUGGCCCCAGGCCCUCAGGGAGAAAGGAGCAACACACUGCCUCUAGGCGUAUGUGUGGCUCAGUUUCUCUCUGCUCUCCAUUAAGUGCAUUCACUCUGCUUGCCUUGGGCCCAGGCCCUGGUGAUCACAGGGUUCAAACAGUGUCCUCCUAGAAAGAGUGGGAGAGCAGCUCACUUCUCUGUGUUCUGCCUCCACUCUGGUCUCCAGAGUUUUUCUGUCCUCUAGAGGCAAGCCAGGCCAGGGAGCUGGGAGCGAGCAAGCUGGAGCUUUUCAUGCCCCUGUGCCGCAUAGCCUCACCUCUUUCCUCCAGAGUGGCUCUCUGCGGCCCUGUGUUCCUGCUACAGAGGGUUCUUUGCUGGAGUCAGGAUGUUCUCGGUCACCUCCUGGCUCUGCUCUGUCCCACUCCACCCCACCCCAGGGGGAACAGCAGCUUCACCUUGUUAUUCCUAUUGCUCUCCUGGCUCACUCUUACGGGCGGUCUCCAGUGACUGAAGCAUUCCCCACCCUUGGAAUUUCUCAUCUUCUGCCUCCCUUCUUAUUCCUUUUGGUUUUGUGGGGAGAGGGGAAGGAUCAGGGGGCCAGGCCAGCAGCUCGGGGGCCACAGGGAGAUGGAUAAUGUGCCUGUUUUUUAACACGACAAAAAAGCCUACCUCCAAAAUCCCCUUUUUGUUCUUCCUGGACCUGGGCAUUCAGCCUCCUGCUCUUAACUGAAUUGGGAGCCUCUGCCACCUGCCCCAUGUAUCCUGGCUCUCAGCUCAUGGGGAAGCCACAUAGACAUCCCUUUCUUCCCUUGCACGCUCGCUAGCAGCUGGUAAGGUCUUCACACCCUGAUUCCUCAAGUUUUCUGCUUAGUGGCACUGACAUUAAGUAGUGGGGGGACAGUCCAUGCCAGGACACCCUGGAGUAGUCUUCCCCCGUGGCCGCAGGCAGGCCCUAACUCACUGUCGCUUUGGUGUUGAGGUGUCUUUUUUUUUUUCUUUCUUUAGUUCCUGUAUUCUAAACAUUAGUAAAAAUAAAUGUUUUUACACAGA